AACUUGUAUUAGAGAAUUUGCGGUAAUAUUCUCUUUGAUAAUAUUCAAGUUCAACGGAAUGGCUGAAUCGCUUUUUGAUAUUUUUGGAGAUCAUUUGUCGAGGCAAGCCGUGAAAAAUGUUUCGCGGCAGCCGUUAUCUAAUAUCGAAAAUAUGGGAAAAACUGUGUCUUCUGGGCCGAUCAAACCCAAUGAACCCGUGAAGAAAGGUGAAAUUAAGAAAUCUUUUCUUUCAAAUACUGGAAAAGCGUUACAAAGUACACCGAUGCGGAAGGCUUUUACACCGCGCGCUAUCAAUGUCGGCUCGCUGAUAUACAGCGACGCAGAUGCAAAUAUUAAAGACAAAGGUUUUAAUUUUGAUGAAAUAGAGUUCACUAAACCUAAAUAUAAAUAUGAUAAUUAUCACAAGGACCUCCUGGACUUUCUGCCUGUGCCAGAACCAGAAAUAACAAAACACAUUUCUCCACCAAAUACACCACCUCCCGCAAGCAGAAAUCACAGCUUUGAAUUUGAUUGUUCGUACCAGGAUGAGUUCUUUACAGAUGAUUUCUCAAACGAGAGCAUUCCAGAUGACGAUCUGGGUCUUCCAGAUAUUUAUUAAAAUAGGAUUAUAUUAAUUUUUCAAAUGCACUUUUCUUGAUUUGUUUUUAAUUACAGUAAUAUAUUUACAUAGAAUUGAUUAACUGGCAAGUUUCACCGGUUGCCACUAAGGAGAUUUGACGUAAGACGUAACCAAUGAGUUUAUGGUAUAUGUUUCUUUCUACCCAUUUUAUUUAUGGGAUAUUUUUAUUCACUUUCUAUGUAUCUAAAAUAAGUUUAUUGACUGAAUUGAAACCAGCCCUUAUGGCCACCCUUAUGUUACGUCCAGCUGUUAAAAUGUAUUUGUAACUUAUUUGCAAGACAAUCCUUAUUCACAAUCUGUGAAACAUGCCCUAAGCUUAAAGCACUUUUUGUAAGAUUUCCAAAAUACCAGUAUAUUGGUACUUUCAUAUUCUCAAAUGAAAUUAAAAAUAUUAAGGUAGCUUGUAGAGUUUAAAGAUAAAUGAAAAAUGUUGAAGAUAUGUAAACAGUAUUAAUUGUUUUCGGAUAUUAUUGUUAAAUAAAAGAUUUGCUACAAUA